UGAACUAAGGGCUGGAGCUGUGUCUCGGAUUAUCGAAUUUUGACUCGUGUUUUGGUUAUUGCUGUAAAUCUUUCUUUUUUUUUUUGUCUCAGCGGUGGAGUUAUGCGGAGUGUCGGCUGCUCUGAUACACAGUAGGCAUGAAGUGCUUUCUGAUUGCCACAGAAAGCGCAGAGGUCCUUUUCUACUGGACAGACCAAGAGUUUGAGCGGAAUAUUAAGCAGCAGUAUGGGGCCUCGCAAGAAGAGAGCGGAAGAUUGCCUGCCUUUGCAGAUAGUAUCAGCACGUUGUUUGCCCCAAUCAUCAUCUCAUGUAGCACUAUGAUCGACCAGCUGCGGGACAGCUACACCUCUUUCAGGACAGAAAAUGGUCACAUUUAUGCACUACAUCUGUUUGAAGAAUGUCUGUAUAUUGCUGUAAAUGGGGAUGGAGAGGAGAACGAUGAGGAUCUAAAGAGGAAGAUCUUUGUUAUGAAGAAGUUUACAGAAAUCCUGUUUGGCAUGGUUACGCUUAGCAGCUCCCUCUUAAGAAAAGAAUUGCGACCUCCAGACACAGAGCAGAGAAACCGUGUGUGGAAGAAGCUGCAGAGACUCCUUGAAACAUACAGUCGGUUACAAAAACAGGACCAAAGUUUUCUAGUUGAGGCGGUUGAGAGGCUGAUACACCCUGCGCUGUGCGAGCAGUGCAUUGAGUUUUUGGAGCGAAAACUGUUGCAGCAAAUGAACAGCAGCACUGAGAGAGCCGGAGAAGAGGUCCUGCAUGCAUUCAUCCUAGUGCACACCAAGUUAUUAGCUUUCUACUCCAGUCGUAAUGCCAGCACUCUUAGCUCUUCUGACCUGCUGGCACUGAUCGUAAUUGUGCAGAAUCUUUAUCCCAGCAACCUUGAGCAGGAUGAAACCCCUUCUGAGGAGGUGGAUAUGAGUUCAGUACCUGAUAUUUUUUAUACUCCAGAGCCAUCUCCCAGCAAGAGAGACUCCGGUCACCUGAGUAGUGACAGUCCUCCUGUCUUCCAGUUUGUGGAUCCUUAUAUUCAGCUGGCUGAAGACAGUCUACAGACUCUUCAGCUAUCAGUCCCUGACCCCAUGACUCCAACCAGAGUAUUCCUGGAAGCAACAUUUAAGGAAGGAUUUUUUCCCAUGAUGCCCCAUUCCAUGUAUUGUUUACCUCUGUGGCCUGGCAUUACCCUAGUUCUGCUGACCAAGAUUCCCAACAGCCAGGUGGCCAUGUCUGUCUAUGUGUUACUGGAGGCCUUUACUAAGCUGGAAAUGAGGCUGAAUGACGGGUUAGAGGGGACAGUGGCCUUGCGUGGUCCACACCCUAUCCAGGAACUCCGCACCCGGGUAGACAAGUUCAUCAGAAUGCUGGCCAGCAUGGACAUACUGACCUCGCAACUUAAAAACACCUGGGCAGAUUUUAAGAAUAAGGCUUUUACUCGGUCAGGACCCGGCAUCACAAAAGCGUUGAUGCCUUUAUGUCGUAACAUUAAGACUCAGCUGUGCAGUGUGUACCGGCAGUGUUUUGCAGCUGUGUGUAUGGGUAGUAAUCAGCGUCUGGCCAAUACACUUCAAGAACGGGCGCUGAACAUGGUGCAAGAAAAGCUCAUGGACUGGAAGGAGUUUCUAUUGGUGAAGAGCAAGAGAAAUAUAACCAUGGUGUCAUACCUGGAGGAAUUUCCUGGUCUUGUGCAUUUCAUUUAUGUGGAUCGCACCGCAGGACAAAUGAUUGCGCCGUCUCUCAAUGUAACCGAGAGCUCUGCUUCAGAGCUGGGAAAAGGCCCCAUAGCACACCUAAUUAAAAACAAGCUGUGGGGUCUUGUGGCAACAACAAGGCAUUAUUUGCAGAAAGGCUAUACCACCGUGACUCUACGAGAUGGUGAUUUCUACUUCUGCUACUUCUUGUGGUUUGAGAAUGAAACGGGUUACAAGCUUGAGGUGGUAGAUAUUCCUAGCCUUCCUGAUGACUCGGCUCCUAUAGGAAUGCUUGCCUGGGAUUAUUACAGGAAGCUGCUACGUUACUACAGUAAGAGUCACCAGAAUGAGCUGGUAAAGUGCUACGAGUUGCUGACUGUGCACCUUGGUGUUGUUCCCACUGAGUACAUCCUACAGCAUUGUAGCCAGCUGGCCCGCAAACUGUGGGAGCCAUCACGCAUUCCGCUGUUAUGAGUACCUCUGAGAGUUUCCUGUGUGCAUGUGAGGGCUUAUUGAGGACAUCUUUAUUCCACAGCUGCUGGUAUGCUCUGCACUAAGCAUUCUCUCGUGCAAUAAGGUUUCUCUGCUGUGACCAAUCCUAAAUAAAGAGUCUUGUUUCUGCACUUCUUUCAGAUAAUAAAGACCAAGUUUUAUGGAAAAAUGCAUCUUGAUGUUAAUUGGUCAAAACUAAGCUCUUUCCAAAUUGUUGCACUGAAGCUUCUUAGACAAAAAAAUGUAGUAUGAUUUUAAUUUGCUGAUAUUGAGACAGUACUUGACCCACUGCAUCCCUUUUACCAUGUCUGUCCUAUAGGAAUGUUGUGUGAGUAAGCACUCAUUUUUUAUUUCUGUUUACAAAUAUUUAUCUGUCUACAUUGCUUUAAACAAUAAUCUGUUCAUACUGUAUCUGACUACUGGGUAAAAACUUUAAUUUGUUAUAAACUGCAUAGCCAAAUAAAAGUAGGUUUUCUUAUUGUGAAAAAGCUGUUUAGUCCCAACCCUGUGAGUUCUUGAUGCACUGUGCAUGUGGAAAUGCUCUUUCUCUAUCAGCAUAGUUGUUUACUAUGUAAUUUAGUAGUGAUUUCUACUGUUGCUAAUUGUGUAAUGCAACUUCAAAAAGUGUUUAAGUGAUCUUCGAUCAGUCAUUUAAAAAUUUUUCUUUCUGAUUACAUGUCUUACAUGUGCUAGACAGUUCUUUUUCCAGUCCUUUCAAUCUCUUUAGGUUUUCACCUUUUUUGAUGAAGGCUCUUCCGAAAUAUUGACUUUUUGUUGACCAGGCAGUAUAUAAACCUAUAUCUAAGUCCAGGAUUUCCCUUGCAGUGUUAGCUUUCACAUUCUUUUUCCAAAAAUAAGGAAAUUACUUUGUUGCUUUGAGUAUUAAAUUAUAUAAUGUUAUAUAAAUAUAUUCACCUUUUCCAACACCUGUGACUAACAGUAUAGGAAACCAGAAAGAAGUGGCUUAAAAAAAGCCUUAUAGUGUUGAUUUAAUUAAACUGAUUAUUGCAGUA